AUGAUAGACCAGUUUCAGAUCUUGCAACAGAAUCCUCAAAAUUAUUCUACUUGGUCGCACCGCCAACCACCUAACCUGCCGCAAAAUCCGACUUUGUUUUCUCGACCUCCAACCUUUAAUGGGCAUCCGUCGUGUCCCGUGAAUUACACAGGCCGGGUUAAAUGGAGUCGCAACUACAAACACCGUGUAAAUCCUAAGGACUCAUCGGAGACAGACAAAUUUAUUGGCAAGGUUCGACGAUUUCACUUUCCAAAGAAAAGGUUUACAGGUAGCGGACGUAUCUCCGCUCCGUCCGCUCCGCACAACACGACAUCAUUCAUAAUCCGCGCGAAAAAGUUUGGCGGCAUAGCUUCUCUCAUGUCUCCUUGUGCGAGGACUCCGGCGGCCUUGACAACGCCAAUACUGUCGCCGUCGACAGAGGUGGUAGUCGAGAUGGCAAAGGAAAAUUGGGGAGUUGAUGGAUAUGGGACGAUGAAUGGCCUAAUUCGUGUCCGGUCACGGAAAGAAAGUUCCGACGAAACGGAAAAUAAUGGCAGUGAGCAAUUUGAAGUUGAGAAGAUAUUGAACAUUGACUUGAGGAGGUUUGAGAUGAUAAAUCCAAGUAGGUAUAAUUUAGAGAAUAGGGUUGAUGAACAGGAGUUACAUAUUAUACGUCUUGAACAACAGAAUCUAACUCUUAAGGAAAGAGUUUUUCUCAUUGAAAGUGAAUUGGAUGAAUUGAGACAUCGUGUUUUAUGUUUGGAGACGAAAGAAAUCAGAUUGCAGGAUUUCAAUGAUGAUGUUUGCUUGGAUAAAAGUGUCAAAGAUGAUCGCGAGAGUGAUGACAAUGGUUAUUGUUAAACUCAAUGUCAAUUAAAUGUAUACUGAGUGUGUUUUGUGGGGAAGAGUUUAAGGGAUUUUGCAAAUCACUAUCGAUAGUUUUUUAAGUACAUGUAACAAUACAGUUUGGUGGAGUAUGGUUUAGUUUCGUUAUUGUUGUUGGUAUGAACUUAACUCUAUAGAUGUUGUAUCUUGUGGGUUUAGUUAGUGUGGACUAAAAAACAUUGAAUAAUAAU